UGAAGCUCCUCGAGUUAAAAAGGAAACCGAGGAUCGGAUCCUGAAAAUCCCAGAGAUUCCACGUGAAGUCUCCCAACCUCGUGUGGUUAUAUUAAUCCCACCUCUAUUCCCUUUCGCAACCAAAAAAAAAAAAGAAUAGAAAAAAAAAAAGGUCCCGCGGUUUCGCCCUUCAAUUUCCCAAUCCUUCCAUGCCCAAACAAAAUCUCUCCAAACCCUAAUUCCACAGCCAUUGAUUGAAUUCCUUUUCUUCAAUCCUCGUAAAUGGCCGGAGCUCCCAGAGACCAGGCGCUAUCUCUCCUCGCCGCCGCCAACAACCAUGGCGAUUUGGCCGUCAAGCUCUCCUCCCUUAAGCAGGCCAAGGAUAUCCUCUUCUCCCUCGAUCCUUCUUCCGCCGUCGACCUCUUUCCGUACUUGGUCGAGCUCCAGUCCUCCCCCGAAACCCUCGUCCGAAAACUGCUCCUCGAUUUAGUGGAAGAGAUUGGAUUGAAGGCGAUGGAGCAUUCUUCUGUACUAAUGCCCGUCUUAUUGACACUUCUCCGAGAUGAUGAUUCUGCUGUGGCAAAACAAUCUAUUGUUAGUGGGUCAAUUAUCUUUUGCUGUGUUUUGGAAGAAAUGACAUUGCAGUUUCACCGACAUGGCAAAGUUGAGAGAUGGCUUGAAGAACUCUGGUCGUGGAUGGCUAAGUUCAAAGAUGCUGUAUUUGCCAUAGCAUUGGAGCCUGGUUCUGCCGCAACGAAGUUGUUAGCAUUGAAAUUUUUGGAAACAUAUGUUCUGCUAUUUACAUCCGACAAAAGUGAAACCGAAGCCCCUGUUGCAGAAGGAAGCAGACGGGCUUUCAAUAUCUCAUGGCUGGUUGGUGGUCAUCCGGUUCUUGAUCCAUACUCCCUCAUGUCAGAAGCAAAUAGGACUCUCCGGAUUCUUUUAAAUUUAUUGCAGUCAGCUAGUAGUUUACCUAGUUCCUUGACAAUUACCGUUGUUAAUUGCCUUGCAUCCAUAGGAAGAAAGCGACCUCUUCACUAUGGUACCAUUCUUUCUGCGCUGCUUGAUUUUGAUCCAAACUUUGAGAUGGUGAAAGGAUGCCAUGCGUCUAGCAUCCUCUAUUCUGUUAGAAGUGCCUUGUUGGGGUUUCUUAGGUGUACUAACCCAACUAUUAUGGAGUCGAGAGAUAGGUUGGUUAGGGCUCUACGAACUAUGAAUGCUGGGGAUGCUGCUGAUCAAGUUAUCCGACAAGUUGACAAAGCGAUUAAAAAUGCUGAGCGGGCUUUACGCGAUGGUCGGUUGGGGAAGGAUGAUCAAUUGUCAAGCCAGGUACCUGUUACAGGGGAUCCGUUGAAGAAAAGAUCUGUGCCUCUGGAUAAUGAAGACUCAAUUAAUAAGCAUGAGAUGGCUUCUAAGAGACUUCGUUAUGGUUCAGAGACCAAUUCAACUUUGCCAGUUCAAAUUAAUGAUAACGGGCGGGAUGGAAGCUCUGCUAAUGGUCUGUCCCCUGAUCUUCCCUUGUUGGAUGGUGAAUUGAAUCCUGUGGAAAAGAUGAUUGCCGUGAUUGGUGCUUUGGUUGCUGAAGGAGAAAGAGGAGCUGAAUCACUCGAAAUCCUUAUUUCAAAAAUUCAUCCUGAUUUGUUGGCUGACAUUGUCAUAACUAAUAUGAAGCACUUGCCCAAGACACCCCCUCCCUUAACGAGAUUUGGGAAUGUUCCAGUACCUCGGCAGAUAAGUUCUUCAACAAAUUCUGUGCAAUCUCCAACUUUCCCUUCACAGAUGCCUUUAUCUUCAGCUUCUGUAACUAGUUCAUUGGUUUCUGACUUGCCUACUGCAAAUAAUCUUCCUACUGAUUCAAAACGAGAUCCACGUAGGGAUCCCCGCCGCUUGGAUCCACGGCGCGUAGCUGUGCCUGCUGGACUUGCAUCAACACCUACAUUGGAGGAUUCAGAUGCCAUGCAUUCUGAAUUCAAUGGUUCUAUUUCUUUGAGUAAGCCAAGUUCACUUCUUGUUGGGACAACAGUUGAAAAUAAAUCAGCACCUCUCAUCUCUAGGGAGGAGGAGAUGGAAAGUCUAUCGGUUUCUGGAAUUGGUCAAAUGACCCCUACGGAGGAGGUUCUUGAGGAACCCGAGGAAAUUGCCCCUGCAAAACAGGCAAAAACGUCAGAUCCCACAGAUUCUCCUGCUCACACAAAUGAUGACUCAGUUACAACAGAGUUUCCAGAUAUUCCAGUGAAAGAUGAGGCAGAUAGAUCGUCUUUUCCAGAAUUUUAUGAGCAUUCUCCAGUUCUUCCAAACGCAUCUGCAUCUGAAGACACCUGUCAUGAUUUACCUCCACUUCCAGUAUAUGUUGAUCUAACCCAAGAUCAGCAACAAAGUUUGAGAAGAUUGGCAAUUAAACGAAUUAUUGACUCAUACAAGCAUCUAUACGCUGCAGAUUGUAGUCAGUUGCGCCUGGCAUUGCUUGCUGGAUUGGUUGCUCAGAUUGAUGCAGAUGAUGAAGUUGUUGUGAUGUUGCAAAAACAUGUUGUUGUCGACUACCAAGAGCAGAAGGGUCAUGAGCUUGUAUUACAUGUCUUGUACCAUCUCUAUUCCCUCACUGUGCCCGAUUCAGUUGAAAACACUUCAUUCCCUGCUGUUGCGUAUGAAAAAUUCCUCUUGGCAGUGGCCACAGCUUUACUGGGCUCAUUUCCAGCUUCAGACAAAUCUUUUAGCAAACUUCUUGGCGAAGUUCCAAUUUUGCCUGAUUCUGCCCUGAAACUACUUGGUAACCUCUGCUACGCUGAUGUUAUCGAUCAACAUGGAAAAGAUAUCCGUGAUGUUGAACGUAUUACUCAGGGCCUCGGUGCCGUCUGGAGUUUGAUUUUGGGUCGUCCAAGAUAUAGGCAAGCCUGCUUAGAUAUAGCUUUAAAGUGUGCUGUUCAUUUACAAGACGAGAUUCGUGCAAAAGCUAUCCGGCUGGUUGCAAACAAACUCUAUCAGUUGAGUUACAUAUCAGAAAAUAUUGAGCAAUUUGCAACACAGAUGUUGCUAUCAGCUGUGGAUAACCACACUUCAGACUUGGAGCAUGUGCAAUCUGUGUCCACUGAACAAAUAGCUGAAGGGGUGGUUGGAAGCCAGGAAACAUCUGUUAGUGAUUCUCAAAUUUCAGAUUCUGGAAAUUCUGAAACUGAUUCCACAAGGAACCGCCCAGUAGCACAGAGCACAUCAACUGUUUCUCUUCUAGAAGCUCAGCGACUUAUUUCUUUGUUUUUUGCUUUAUGUACCAAGAAACCAGAUCUUCUUCGACUUGUUUUUAAUAUUUAUGGGCGAGCUCCAAAAACUGUAAAGCAGGCCUUUCACCGCCAUAUCCCUAUUCUUAUAAGGGCGCUUGGGUCAUCUUGCACUGAAUUGCUUAACAUAGUAUCUGAUCCACCUGAAGGAAGUGAGAAUCUGUUGGUUCUGGUGCUUCAAUUUUUGACUCAAGAGACAACUCCUUCUCCUGAUCUACUAGCCACUGUCAAACAUUUGUAUGAAACUAAAUUGAAGGAUGUCUCAAUUCUCAUUCCAAUGCUACCUUCACUUUCCAAAAAUGAGGUUUUACCUAUAUUUCCUCGACUUGUUGCUCUUCCUUUAGAGAAGUUCCAGAUGGCGCUUGCCCACAUAUUGCAGGGUUCUGCUCAUACAGGUCCUGCUCUAACACCUGCUGAGGUUUUGGUUGCCAUCCAUGGCAUUGUCCCUGAGAAAGAUGGUCUUGCUCUUAAGAAGAUUAUGGAUGCCUGCUCUGCUUGUUUUGAACAGCGCACAGUUUUUACACAGCAGGUCUUGGCAAAGGCCUUGACUAGGAUGGUUGACCAGACACCGCUACCUCUUCUCUUUAUGAGAACAGUAAUUCAGUCAAUUGAUGCUUUUCCUUCACUGGUUGAUUUUGUUAUGGAGAUACUUUCCAAGCUUGUGAGCAAACAGGUGUGGAAAAUGCCAAAACUUUGGGUUGGCUUUUUGAAAUGUGUCGCUCAGACACAACCACACUCUUUCCAUGUCUUAUUGCAGUUGCCACCACCACAACUUGAAAGUGCUUUAAACAAGCAUGCAAACCUCAGAAGUCCGCUUGCCUCUUUUGCUAGUCAACCAAAUUUAAGAAGUUCACUACCCAGAUCAACACUUGCAGUUCUUGGUCUUGCAAAUGAAAUGCACAUGCAGCAGCCACACCGUUCCUCGUCUUUUAACUCCUCGGAUGCAGGCUCAUCAGUUCAUGGAGCAACAUUAACGUGAUAAUUAAGAAGCUGUUGGUUGUAGAAUUGACCAGCUGUAUAGAGUUCGAAGUUCGAACCAUGGAAUUUGCUAAUUAGAAUUCCAUGGUUGUGGGAAAGGAAGAUGCGGCUUAAUGGCAGAUGUUGCGACUCGUUAGCAGGGUUGUCUGACGGACUGCUAAUUGGUGACAUCUAAGAUGGAAAUCUUACACAGCCUGUGACCAUGUGGAGCCGCCUUUUUUGUCAGCGGAUUGCCAUCCAAGAGAGAUCUCCCGCUUCCCUUUAUUCUUGUGCGGCAGUAGCUGCUGCUCUCCGAAAUGUAUCAUAGUUAUAUCCUCUUAUUGUUUCUUUAUUUAUUCUCUCAAAUUUUGAUUGGUUACUUCCCGCCUAAUCUUAGGGUGGUUUACAUCAUGGAGCUUCAUUUUUGGCCCAUCGCCAACGGUUCCCUUCCAAUAUUAGUGUUAUAAUUUCCUUAUACA